AUGACUUCAAAUCCUCCUGCUGUUAAGGCGCCCAGGGAAAAGCCUGCUGCGAUGUUCACUUGCAAAAGCUGUCGGCAGCGCAAGCGCAAAUGCUCGAGGGAAAAACCCGCAUGCCAGCGGUGUGUGCGUCUCGCGAUCCCGUGCGUGUAUGAGCUGCCUCCCAAGCACCUGAUCCGCUCGGUGUCUACCGGCACGAUCGAAGGCGUCGGCGCGGACAGCGCGGGCGGUGCGGGCAGCGCUGGCAGCGCCAGCGCGAGCGCGAGCACUAGUGUCAGCGUCGAUGUCAGCGGCAGGAGCAGCGCCUGCAGCACCGCGGGUGCUGCUGGCUCAGGGCUUCUGCGCGACUUCCCGGCCGGCUUCAUGCACGGCUCUGCGCUCGCGUCGCUCCCUACGCUCGAACCUACCGGCUCUCUCGACACAGACACGCGCAUCUCGGGCCAACCGCUCAAAGUACAUUUCCACACGACACUGGACCUCGACUCGCAUCUCCACAAAGACCCAUUCCUGCUUGAAUUCGCCGCGUCCUGUGUCGCCUGCGGCCCGCAGCUCGCGCGCAAUCCACAGUCCAGCGGGUUAGGCCACGCGUGGUUCAGCCUCACUGUCCAGUGCCACGACCUGCUAGUGCCCCGAUUGAACUCCUUGAAGACUCCAUCUCCGGUGCCCUCUCUACUUGCGCCUGGCACUCCGCGCACCCGCGCCUUCCAGGGGCCUCGUUCCGAGGACUUCCAGGCUUCCUGCGCAGCGCUCAUAGCCGACAUCUCCAGCGCCCUACCGUCCAUGCAGGCCAUUGAGACCUAUAAAGUGCAGUUUUACCAGAAUGUGUACACAGCCGUGCCCGUUCUCAAUAUCCAGACGUUUGAGCGCUCUUUCCAGGACCUUGUGGUCGGGGACUCAUGCGGCGCGGCGCGCCUGAAAUUUGGCUCUGCAGACCACCAUCCAAAGAUUACGCACCUCGUAAUCCUACUCAUGGCUAUUCGGAUGGGCUAUGUGUGCCUCUGUCUAUACAACGACCGAGUCGAGCGUGACGCUUUACUCAAGAAACAGACUGAGCUGUGGCUGCGCCAAAACGCGGUCCCGCGCGACGUGCUGCUCUUGGUCAAAAGGUGUCUUGAGCUACUUGACGUGUAUGAAAACCCCUCUGAGGAUAUUUUAUGCUGUCUCAUCUAUCUACGCCAAAUUCUGCUUCUCGAGAGAAGUGACGGUUGGUCAUUGAUUGGCGUCACCAACGCGGAGUUGCUUGAGGCCACCGUGUACCUUGCUUCGCGAAUGAACCUGUAUUCUAACGCGAUCGACACGAUGACAGAAGGCGCAACUACGGUGCAAGAAAAGCUUUAUCGCCGGAAGUUGUGGCUUUCAAUUUGUUCUAUUAGUUUGCAUGAGCAUACACUUCGGGGUGGCGAGCCUUUCGUUAAGGCAAGGCAACUUCGCCAGUUUUCCGACCACUACCAAGUCUUCGACGACUAUAGAGCUAUUUCGUUGCGAGAGCUUCCUUUGGAUGACCAGAUCGAGCUAGACUACCACAUAAUGCUUCUGAAAAACCAUCAGUUCAUGGAAGUACUAUGCGAUAUAGAGGAAAGCCAUCCAAGCAACGUUGAGUUUCUGGACAACAAGGUUCACGAAAACGAACGGCUUGCUUUAUUUUUCAAGGACGGGUUUCCUGAUGCCGACCCUGCGUACAAGAUUGAUGUGAAUCUUCCGUUGUACUUGCUGUGCAACUCAGGACAUAUUCCGGUGCGAAUCGGUUCCGUCAAGCAGAUCGCUGUUUUUCAAACAAGAUUCGCGCUUUUGAUCAAACAGCUCUCCAACUCUUCGCUAUUAAUGUUUUACUACGAGAAAGAGUACAAAUUCUCAAAUGCGGUGGAUUCUCUUUACAAUUUUGAACGCCAUCUGUUUGACUCCAUGAAAAUUCUUUUGCAACUGUUCGAAUACUAUAGAGAUUACGCUUUUGGCAGAUUAGCCGAAGUGACCCCUAGCGCUAUGAGAUAUAUUCUGGCCAACACAAUGUCACCCAUAUUCAAUCGUACGACCCUAGUGAUACACGGGAUCAUUCUACGUUUUGUCUAUCUUCAAGAACGAGCUGACUUUGAAAGAGACCUAGAAAAGGCACCCUUGCUCCAAAAAAUCGUGUCCCAACUUCGCGCCUUGGUCGUUACCUCUAGUGACUGCAUGAAAAUGGAAUUUUUGCCGCCCAAAUCACUUGAUUUGAAUCGUAACUUUAUUCGACUCCUUGACGCUAGAGUCUUGCUCAUUUCUACCAAGCAGUAUGCAGUUCUAGACGACAUCGAUCUCGAGAAACAGCAUGACGCGAUGCAGAUUUGUGGGCCUGGAUAUGCGGAUUAUUACAAUAACGCUGUAACGCAACUGAGUUUGAACUCGCUUGGAAAAUUUCUCCAGCUCCUGGAAUCUACGACGUUUAAUAAAAAGAGCGACUCCCCCAUGAACAUUUUCAGCAACAUUGCUAGUUAUAGCGGAGCGUCUCUUGACGCAAACGAAAAUACCUCUUCCUUUUCAUGA